ACAGGCCGGGUAGCCGGGGAUGUCACCUUCGUCCGUUCCGCCAUUUUUGGCCCAGCGGCUCACGAGACAAACACAACUCCUACGACUCGACUGGUCUCGUUGCGCCUCGCGACUCGCAACGCGACUACCUAUGACCGUGAACGCGGUUCGAUGCGGAAAAUCGGCCCGACUCCAAGUCAUCGGUGGCGCCACAUUGACCCCCGCCUGCCAUUCGUUUGGUCGUGUGCCGUUUCAACGUCGCGCUGGCGGCAUCUGUCGCAAGUCCAGUGAGGUCGUUCUAAUUCGAAAUAACAGCUCCUGCAGGAGGAAAAGAUUGUCCAAUGGAGGAUCAAAUGGUAAAACUAAAGAGACAGAUCGUUGUAUUGCCCAAAUAUGAUAUUAUAUAUUCGCUUGAAUUUUAUUACAAAAAAUGUACAGGAGUGAUAUUAGUAACCAAAUAAUAAAUAAACACGUUUCCUUCUCUUGACUGUAUGUUCCAUAGAUUUCACUUGCACUGGCUGUUUAAAUCAAAUGAUAUGACAACCACCACAUUAGAAAAGGUUGUAUGCCAGCUAAGAACAGUAUGAAAUAAAGUCGCCUUUUAUUGCCAGAAGCUGUAUACGAGCUAUGGCCUUGGGGAAUGACUCUUAAUUUUAAUGAUCGCAUCAGGAAGAAAGCUAGAGAGACACUGAAGUACAAGAGAGUCACAUAGUAACCAAAUUUCCGAGAUAAUAGUGAUGAAAACAAAGCC